AGUACUGUGAGAUUGGGACUAAGGUUUUCCAUUCUUAUGAGAAAUGACUAGCCAUUUGGAGAAGUCAGGGCAAAGGUUUUACCUUCUCCUCAGUUAUUUUAAACCCUGAGUGUUGGUCUGGCUUGGAUUGGAACCCAUAGUUUGGUACCCAAUCAACAGAGGCAGCCAUGUAGCAGUUAAUGAACCCUACUCCUGCAUCUCGAAAGAGUUGGUGAGACACGCUUGCCACUGACAGUUUUGAUAUAAAUUAAUGUCAUAAAGAUUCAAUUUAGAGUUUCAGCAAAUUCACCCUGUCCUAUAGGGAGGAUUGGUUAUCAUCUCAUUUAUUUCAUUUAUUUUUUUAGGGAUCUGCUUGGCCUGUGGAGACCAUAGAGUUUGUGCUAAACACCCAUUGUUUGAAGGUGGACUUUGUAAGGAGUGUAAGGUACAUGUAGUUCUAACAUAACUUAACCCUUUAAGCCCCAAGAUCCACAUACAAAUUCUCCAAACUGAUCUCCGUACAUUUCUUUUAAGAAUAGGUAAGAGAAUCUGGUUUAAGAUCAAAGUAUUCUCCCUUUGGUAAUCAAUUGAGUAAAUCUCAUAACCUUUACUCUUGAUGAUCUGCUGAUGUUGUUAGGAGAAAAUUGAUGUUGGUCACUCUUAGGACCUAAAGUAUUAAUGCCUUUGUUGAGUACAAGACAGUUCAUUUUAUAAACCACUUUGCCAAAAAUGUUGUUAAGCUGAGAUGAUGAAAAGGAAUUUAUGAGAAACAGGGUUGCAAAACUGCAGAAAACAAGAAGGAACAAAUCAAUAGAACAGAACAGAAAAUUACAAUACAACCAAGAGGACAAAGCGAGGGGUUGGUUAGAUAGGGUAACCGGUCAUUUCGCUCCAGUUUCUUCGCCCCCUUUCUUCGAGUCAUUUAGCGCGCUCCAAAUGUAAUAUUUCUCGUUCUAUAAACAAUAAACCAAAAAAGCGCGCUUCAAAUGUAACAUUCCUCUUUGUAAGACAGGGGGCAAAGAAACCGGGGUUAAAUGACUUGGGGGCGACCUGACCGUAAAGCGUUGGAUAGCCAUAGACAAUUAAACCUGUAUUAAGCAGACCCCAUAUUAAGCGGGGACCCUUUAUUAAGCAGACGAAUAGCUCAGUAUGUUUCAAACGUUUCUUCCCAUAUUUUAAGUAAAAUGAACCUGUAUUUAGUGGACACAUCUCAGUUAAGUGAACAGCGAAGGCCCCUUGUGUGUCAGCCUUGUACAGGUUUCACUGUACCUAGUAAAUCAUGGAUCUCUGAUCUGAAACUUUUGAUCUUGACUUCUUGGUGAGAGUCUUGAAUUUUACCAUUAAUCAUCCUAUCAUGGUUACUCCCCUAACCACUCUCAGCCCCUCCCCCGAAAAAACGGGAAGCGCGAGUGGACAGAUGACAGAGUGAAACAGUAAUACUGCUCCUUCAGGAAUUUUAUUCUUAACCUGAAUUUACUUUUUGUACGUUGCUUGUACAGCAAUAAUACACCAUUGGAAAUAAAGUCGAUGGCAUUAGAUACAUGUGUGAUGCUCAUUGUCAUAUGACUCGCAGGACCCCACGCGGAAAACCAUAUGAGAACGAAAAGACUCGUAUGAGGGCCGUACGCGUCAAGUGAUGGGCCGAAAAAACGCGUACGGACCUGCUAGAAAAGCGUACUAUUUGAUGCGGACUCGCUCCUUCAGAAAAAUUCAAAAACACAACGGUCAUCUGAUAAAAUGGUUAUGGAAUGAGUUAGGUCGGGUUAGGUCGUACAUCCUAACCUCAAGCCAAAUAUUUUCCCGUCUGCCCCUCUGCCUCGGUCAAUAAUAUUAUUAUGAGCACUGCAAUUAGGAAACAAAUUGGUGGAAAAACUGCAGUUAAUUAACAUUAUGACGUGUUUACCAGCGUUUUUUGUGCAUGUUUGUUUAAUUUAGACUUCUUUUCUGGAAAAUGUUUAUCUGUAUGAUGAGGACGGAUCGCAGGUAAGAUUUAAAGAACUGUGUUAAGGGACUUGUCAGAAAUUAGCAGUGGGGGAGGGGGGUGGGAGUUUUAAAUUUGGGUUCGGAAAUGAGGUGACCCAUCCCUGCAAUGGGAGUGAAAUUUGCAAACCCUCCCUUGACCUUGGCCUAAAAUAUCAUGACCCUCCCCCUCUUGUCAGUAUAAAUGAUAAAAUCUAGUUCUUGCAAUACACUAGGGUGAGUCAGUAUUAUGAAAGCUCAAAAUAUAUUUCUAAUCUGUUCUUUGUAAUGCCAUCUAGGUACAUUUCAGAUGACAGCAGUAAGAGUCCGACUCUGAUUCUGACAGCUGAUCACUCGACUCUCCUAUUUCUCCCAGGUUUUUUUUACAAAAUAAAGAACUUCUUUUUUCUUCUGUGGGUGAACAUCUACAUGAUCACGGACACAUAUUUGCAUGACCCUCCCCCUUUUAACGGCCCAUUUUUCAUGACCCCUCCCUUUUCUGCAGUCUCAAAAAGUUGUGACGCUCCCUCUGUUUCCACCCCCCUCCCCCCCUGCUUAUUUCUGACAAGUCCCUAACUUUUACUGACUAUGAUUUUGGAGUGAUCAACUGGCUAGCGCAAUCGAUAUCUAUCGAUAAAAUCGAUUGAUUAAAUUAAAAGUCGAUAAAAAUCGAUAGAGGAAAAGGUUGUUGCUAAUUGAUAAUUGUCGAUUUAAAUCGAUUUUUAACGAAUCGAUUUUAAUGGGUGCUUAAGUUUCCAUGUGCUUUAGCGGUUAACAUAGGAAAAGAACGUUGUUUCCGAAGUACAUUAUUUUUGUGGCCUUGGACGGAUAAAUUUGUAGCCAAAUUUAUUUUACAAAUUACACUCAAUUCUCUAACGAAACAUUUUCGGCCAAUCGACAGGAUAAAAAAGAGUUACAAAUCCGUUAACUUAACAUAAACAACUGAUUCAGCUUGGUUGCGUUGGAAACUGUUCAAUUUGAAGCCUACACUUUACAUUUCAGUUGGUGAGGAUACUGUUCAGUGUCCAGUUUGUCAGUAAGACCCUCGCUUCUUCAAAAAUCUCUGAUCGCAAAGCAUCAUGAAAAUCAUCCUGCAAAUAUGCAAAACAAAGUAGAUAAGCAACUCCGCCAACUAAAUGGAAAGAGAAGACGCCAAUCGCUAGCUGUUCGUAAGUUUUUCAAAUGAGACCCAGUUUUCAAUGCAUUGAUUAGGUGUUGAACCCCGAAGAUAAUGAAAGAUCAUGAUAGCGAUAAUAUCGUUAAAAUCGAUAGCGCUCACGAUGAAAAAGUUGUUGCCAUCGAUUUCUAUCGAUUGACCGACACAAUCGAUAUCAAUCAAAAAGUGAUUAUCAACAAUUAUCGAUUGGUUUUCCCAUAUCCGUUUUUAUCGACUGCACUAGUCAGCAUGUCCUUGAAUAGUUACACGUAUAAAGUAAACCACAAUGAUCGUAAAAGUACUAGUGCUUUUGAUUUUACCCCUGGAAUGCAGAAGGUUUUUUUUAGAGCGGACUGUAACACUCGUUAAUAUUUUUCUCCUUUUACAGGCAAAGUUCACACACCACCGGGGCGAAUUUUCGACCGACUGACUGAACUGGACUGAACUGACUGGAUGCUUUGUUCUCACGGAACAUUACACUAAAUUUUUGUGCAGUUAAGGUGCUUCCGUGUGAACGGAUCACCCAAAGGCCAAAUUAACGAAUUUUCAACCCGUGCCAUGUGAACUUAGCCUCAGUGAAAAAUAUAGCUUGCGAGUAAGCUCUUCGGGGCGCUCUGGCGGUGGGGCGGGAAAACGAACGAAAGCUUGCAACUACAUCUCUGGAAUUUGAAGAUCUGCAUAGAAAAAGUCAAUGCGAAAUGCUGAUUGGCGAAGGUGACAUUAGUAAUGUCGUUAUUUCCCUUGGCACUUGUUUAUCAAUGUUGGUUUUUAUUCGCGCUCGUUUCCGCUUCGCGCUGAUUGGCGGAAAUCUGAAAGCUCAGUCGUCAGGGAGCCACAGGGAAAUUGGACGCGGAAUUCAAAUUCCAGAGAAGAAGUUGCAAGCUCUACUUCCUUUUCCCACCACGCCGCCAGAACGCCCCGGAGAGCUUGCUCGCAGGCCAUGAUAAACAAAGAUGUUCGAGUUCUUCCUUCUAGAGAUGUCAUAUUCUCUGAUACCAUGGAAAACGCCUUAAACUUUGUUCUUUCUCAGUACUGUAUCAAAAAAAAACGCGGUUGGUAAAAAUUCAGAUCAAAUCUUUUUAUGUUCCUUUGGUCAGUUACUGAAGAUAUACAAGCUUGACUAAAUCUAAUGUUUCCAGGCUGUUAAUCACCAAUCGCAGUGGGCACUACUCCGCACUUUGUAAUCCCCACAAAUUAUUUUUCUUUAAUAAAUUAGAUGUACUGCACUAUUUGUGGUGAUGGAAAGGAGGUUUUUAUGUGUGACAAGACUGGUUGUUUUAGGUAAGAAAAAUUGGUUCUUGCACUCGUUGACGAUGAUAGUACCUUAAUGAAAGUGAAACGAUACGAUUAUUUUGUUCAGAAUCAGAUUUAGCGGGGGUCACUUUUUGGUUAACUUUCGCUAGACUUCCAUCUUUAAGAUAAUAACACGUUCUGCAAAAACACCUAUAAAGAAAAUCAAGGGCCGGUUAUUUUAAACGAGGUUAACGUUAAACAUGGUCAAAGUCUGAACAGAGGAUUACCAACUUUCCAAUAAACAAAACUUGGGACAGUCUAAACUCCGUUUUUGGCAAGCCUCAGCGCAUGUUUAAGUCCAUUGCAAAGCCAUGCUUCAGGGUUUUACAACCUGGCUUAACCUAGCCAAUAGCCUGCAGAAGAGUCUUUAAUUUUGAAUGUUUUUCAGUCGAGCCAAGGCUCCCUUCGUGCUUCUCUCGCGUUGCAAGCCCCCUUCACGCUGGCUUUGCUAGCCUGAAAAAACAUGCAGAAUUAAAGCCUCUGAACAGAUUAUCCUGGUAAUUUGCCAGUCUACGUUUGUGUGCAUACAUGUACCUCUUGAUCUGUACUUCACCGAAUUUUUUCCUCAUUUGGGGAUGUUUUUCACCACGAAUAUGGGAAAAAUUUUGGUUUCAAAGGUAAAGAUACUGUCCAUUGUUUUGUAGCCUCUCGUCUGUAUCAUAACAUAACAAGAGUAAAGCGCGCGCUUUCAUUGAUCAAUUAUCCAUUUACUAUAUUUUUUGCGCAUGGGUGAAUGCCGGUGACAAAAGCUAGCGCGUCGCUUUCUCCGCGACUAAUUUUUUUACCUGAUGGUUUGCAAAAAUGUUUGUCCUAAUACUGAAAGAAAGUUUACAAAGACCGUUAAAGAUAAAGUAAAAUGUUUUAACCUGUCAUGGAUGUGAUUUCACAGGUCAUACUGCAGUUUGUGUAUUGGUAUGCUAUGUGGUGUCGCUGUUGUAAAACAGGUAUUGUUCUCACGAUCCUUUAUCGUUUAAAGUGAAUUAGUGAAUUAGACUGGCAUGUUCAAAGGAUUUAAUCUGCUCUAAAGGGCGGCAUUUUUUUUCUUGCGGUGAUGAAACUGUUGCCACCUACUAUGAGCCCCGUAAAUUGCCGGCCCGGAAAGCGGGACGAAUUUUGCCUUCUUUUCUAUGGAAAACGUUAGGCCGGUUUCUGUUCUUCUGGGAAACAGUUCGGUUACUGAACAGAGCUCGACCUUUCGAGUUUCACUCUCGGUAACUGAGUGGAGUGAUCAUCCAUAAAAUUUCUGGCCCGGUUACUGAGAUCUCGGUCGCAAAAACUGAGAUUUCGGCAGCCGGGAUAGCCCGCCAUUACAAUUUGAGGACAACAACGUUUUUACAAAAGAAAGAGUAAUGACGCGAAAUCUAUGAAACCGGGGUUUUGUGAACAGGCUUUGAAGGCAAUUUGAAUGGUAUUAUAUAUUGUUCCUGAUUCCUGAUUGUGAGCAAUAGGAAACAAAUUGAUGUAAAUGCUGCAGUUAAUUGGAGAAUUGAAUGUUUUAGUUACUAUUACAUUUUUUUCCUCGGGACAAGUCAUAAAGUGUUUAUUUUGAUGUUUGGUAGAUUGCAGCCUGUGAAAAGUGGGUGUGUUACAUGUGUUCAGGAAAAUCUCAGGGACUCAUCACACCUCGGAAGGACUGGUCUGCCGGACUACAGGAAUUAUUUAUGAAUGACAAGGAACAAGAUUUUGUAAGAAGCUUCUUCAUGUAGUAGUCACUUCAGUCACUGUUUACCCUGUGAUGAACGAAUAAUACAUUUAACUCUCGCAUUCUGGACACUUCGUUAGUACAUUCACCCCGGUGAUACGGACAGCAGUUAAAUCCCCGGCAAAACUUGCUAAAGUUUGACAAAGUUUGCUGUUUGCUCUAGGCCCCAACAACGCAUCAAUCGAAUUUUUCAAAAAAUAUGUAAAUAGGUAUUACUCCUCUAAUGCAAAGGUUUUCUUUUUUUUAACGUUCUUCAUCCGUUAGCCGUUUACGCGCACAGAGACGCAUUAUACGUCCACGGGAACUAACUUUCGAAGGGCGUCGCUCAAGACCGAUUACGAAGGAUGUUUCGUGUGGAAUGCGCCUUGUGCCCGUCUUUAUACGAGAGGUGCAUAACUAGACGAACUCCAAAUGUUUGCCCAAGUUCGUUCAGACGAAUUGUGAGUCUUUAGUGUAAACUGAAAUGAUCAAUGAAUGCAACAUUUUUGCCUCCGCAGAAAGCACCCUACACUUUUCCAGCCCUCCCCCCAGAGGAGCGUCGACCCAUCAGAGUGUUAUCACUGUUUGACGGAAUAGCCUCGGGUAAGUACGAAAAUGGGCUCGCUUUAUUGUUACAUCUAAAAGAGACAGAGACAGCCAUUUUGUACGCGGUCAUCUCAGCCACUGGUAAGUCUAGCCAUUUGCAAUAGUGCCUUCUCCUCGGUUAUUUGAAGAACCUGUGUUUUUGUUCGGUCGCGGGGAUUGCUCUAGGAACUUACCAGCUCUUUACCACCUGACCUAAUCCUGCCGUGAUUUUCACAAAAUGGCACCUUCGUGAAUCCAUAACUAAACAAACGGCAAAACAUAAUGUUGAAAGAUAUUAACUGGCCAUUUAAUUCUGUUCUUUAACAGGACUUCAGGCCUUAAAGGAACUUGGUAUUGAAAUAGAACUUUAUUGUGCUUCUGAAAUUGACGAACAAGCCGUUCAGGUAAGUUCUUUUGUAAACUCACGUACCCUUAUCUCUCCUCUAACAUAGAAAAUGCAGCCAGUUAAAAGAAUGAAAACCUGUUAAUUGUUGUUGAUUGUUAAAACUGUCAAAAUUGUCAAUUAACUGUAAAUUAAUUCAAAGUUAAUUUGAAUGAAAACCUUUUUGUAUCCUUCUGAGUCUUAAGUAAUCCUCGGCAACCUUAAGAAGAUUCUUCUUAUUACAUUUUACAGGCUUUUUUCCUGUCACGAAAUCAUGAUUUUUAAAAUUCAAACACAGAAACUGCGACCAAAUUGAGUAAAACAUAAAAUAAUCGCUCAGAACUUUAAUAGAAGUUGUAAAUAACUCAGCAAAUACAAAAGAAGGUACAGAUGGACAAACUUGUGAUCUUUUUUAUGUUUUUAUAACCAUGUUAACCGUUUUUGUUCUUCGCCAGGUCGCUAAAGUCCAACAUGGUAGUAGAAUCUGUCAUACUGGGGAUAUACAAAAGAUUUCUAGGGCACAAGUAAGUUAAUUGUGGUGGUAUUUAUAAGCUAAUGUGCGCUUUUCUCAUUAUAUAGAUGGGUGCUAGGGUUCGCGCUACUCGUUGGAGCUCUUAGAAGCUCUGGAAUUUAGUUUUAGAUUUCGAUGGCGCUUGAAAAGCCCACUUUGAAGGAAAGAAUUUCCGCUCAAAGUGUUUGAAUGGGAAGUGUGAUUCAAAGAUUAAGCAGAUUUAGGGCGAAUAUAGUGUACUCUGUGUGCGUUCGAAGAAAAAAGAAAGAAAAACCUGGCACUUUUUGUAAGGUUGGGAACUAGUACACUUUUAAAAGCGGCUUUUUGUGCCUGUUGCUGAAUUUUCGUUCCCGCGCAUAGGUAAAAAAAGUUGUCAAAGUACCACUUGUCAUUCGAACCUGCUUCAGUUUUAUAUUUGGCGGUUUAAUUUUUCUUAACGGUGAAUUCGACAUUUCGAUUAAACGCUUCGACUAGAUUAGUUCCUUAAUCUUUGAAAACCGCUGCCCUCCUCUUUGUCCAAGCAAAGCACGGUUAACCUGUCAAACUCGUUAAAACCGGAUGGUGGUUUUUUCUUGUUUCGCAGAUUGAACAAUUAGGUCCAUUUGAUUUUGUUUUUGGAGGAAGCCCAUGUAACGACCUUUCCAUUGCAAAUCCAGUAAGAAGAGGAAUUUAUGGUAAGAAGUCAUUGCUGGAUUUUCUGAUUGGCUGAAAUUUCGCGCCACUAAAUCGACCAGUCAGAAGAAAACCAAAUCCCAUCGUACCUUGGGCGCAUAUAUUUCCCCGCGCUUUUCGGAGCGCCGACAGACAGCAAGUGUUUUCCUCGAUAUCUGAUUGGCUCGUUUCAAACCUGGCCCUGAGACUGAAAAGUUGAGAGAAAGACUGCUAGCAAUGUAUAGUUUAAGUCUAGAUGGCUUGACCACUCCGUACUUUCUAUCCUCCCCUGCGCAUUAGAUGUCUUUCUUGGGGGAGGCAAGUGUCUUCAGUCUGUUGACCAUAUUCAUGUAUUGUACGUGUAAUACUCGAUUGAUUCAUAGAAAAGAGCUUUGUAUUUCACGGCAUAUACUUUAGACCAACGCAGCAAAAGGCAGGUUAAAGGAGCUGUGUCACGAAAUAUAUCAAAAUUCAGACAGUGGCAAAUGCUAUCAAACUGAGUGGGACAUGAAAACAACUGCUCAAACCAUGAAAAGGAGGUGUAAAUAUCACAUCACAAAAGGAGAAACGAAUGGACAAAUUUGAAGAGGAUUGAAACGGAUUGCAAUUGUGGUUUAUGAAAACUUGUUUGCUUAACAGUUUUUCAAAGUUCAUUUUUGUUGUUUGUAACGUUUGAUAUAAUGUUUGCCGGACCACCUGGAAGUCCUCGAGCGGGAAUGCUCUUUAAGAGCAAGAAAACAAUUUAUCAGAGCUUACCUACCGUUGAUCACUUGACUGAUGAUAGCUUUGUUCUUCACAGAGGGAACUGGUCGCCUUUUCUUUGACUUUUUCCGACUUCUUGAGUACGCGCGACCCAAGUCAGAGAUGGAAAGACCAUUCUAUUGGCUUUUUGAGAAUGUUGUUGGCAUGAGAGCGGAAGACAAAUGUGUUAUUUCAAGGUUUCUUGAGGUAGGAAAACUGACAAAGGUCGCGUCGCUGCUUACACAGGGUAUCUUGUCUUCAUGUUCAACACUGCUGAUUUUGUCAAAUUUGUUUCCGAAUUCGCCACGUUAGAAACGAGAAAAGAGUUGGAGCCGAAAUGCGUCCCGCAAUUGUUUGUAGGAUCGUUAUUGGGGACUGACCGGUCCACUAUGGGCCAAUUAUUUCCCCCUGUCCCUAGUAACAGUUCCAGAAGUCUUUGCGAAACUUAACUGGUCCCAGUCUCCUUGUUUUUAAGUGGUCGAAUUCAGUUAAGUAUUUUGAUGAUUAAAUUGUAUUUACCCUUGCGUUAUCGUACUGCUAACUCGCUUCCAGGAUCCAACCCCUUCUUUUCUUAAUUAAAAAGGAGAAAAUCUUGUUUCUAAUACUUUAUCAUGAAAAAUCUGUAGCGGAAAACUUUCCAGUGUAAUUACGGCUUUUAGAGUUAGCAAUAGACAACAAUUUUCCAUUGUCUGUACCCCUAUCGACGUUAGAAAUGACGUCAAAAAAAAGUUUUGAACAUUUGGACGUCAUUUCUAUGGUCGAUAAGGAUAAAGACCGUGGAAAAUUGUUGUCAAUUUGUUUUUUCAAUAACAUUGACAGUUUUGACGUUCAUCUCCGUUAAAGUUUCUCGGAACAUCGCGCGAGAGAGAAAGAAAGAAAAAAAAUGCUCUUUAUUUCAGUGUCAAUGUAUUUAGCACGAAAGUACUAACUGGGGACACUAUUUUUUACGUCUCUUACUGGAGACGGGAUCGCCAUUUUACGUGGUCAUCCGAGCCACGCGAAGGUCUGGCCGCUUGCAGUACAAAGGUAGUACCUUCAUUUCUCAAUUAUUUUAAGACCCUGAGAAUUGGUCCAGUCCCGGGAAUCGAACCUGCGACCUCCCGCUCUGCAGUCACACACUCUACCGACUGAGUUAAUGCUGCCGCGGUUAAGAGGUUAAGAAAACAAAUUGCCGCGGUUAAGAAAACAAAUUGCGCCACCAUCACGUCAUUAGGGAGUUUAAGCAGCGACGUUUUUGAGCAACGCACGUCAACUGGAAGUGAAACUUUUUCUCUUUCAAUAUGCCUUGACGCUACCAAAUUUGUAUUGCUAAGCGUCAAGAAUCUGUUCAAAAUCACGGCCGAGGAGUGCACUUUCAGCUAACGUGCGUGCAACGCCCUACAAACCCCCACCCUCACCCCCACGGUCACUGCUCAUCCGAAACGCCUACAGCGUGAAUGGAGGCAAAACAAUCAGGCAAACCUUGUUGUGGCACAGUGUGCACCUUCCCCCCAACCCACCCCUUUAAAAAAAUCCUAGCUACCUCGUGACUGGCGAGAGUGGUUUUACGCCCAGCGCCACUCAGUAGUACAGUCACGAUGCGACAAUUUAAAUCUGCUUCACGUACUUCAUUCAAUCAGGGUAUGCCAACAAGUGUUUUAUGAUUCCACUUGCAGUGUAAUCCCGUUGUGGUAGACGCCAAAGACAUUUCUCCUGCUCACCGAGCGCGAUAUUUCUGGGGAAACCUGCCGGGCAUGAACAGGUGAACCGGGUCAAUGUCAUAGUCUGUAUCAUUGUUAGUGUCAAACAAGUCACCAUUCAGCUGGCUUCUGUUGUUCAAAAGAUGGACAGCGCUAUCCACCAGAUAAAUCACUAUUCAGUAGAUAAGGGUUAGGAAAACUAUUUGCGCUAUCCAGUGGAUAGUGAUUUAUCCGGUGGAUAGCGCUAUUCACCUUUUGAUCAACCGGAGCCUUGGCGGGUUGUUCAAAGCGGUUAAGAUAACCAAGGAUAGCUUUUAGAUUUGAAUUCAGUGCUAAGCGCUUACAAAGCAUAUUCAAGUAACAUUUUUUUGCCCACAAUUUGAUGUUUGGACGCGCCCAAAUGACUAAUUAACUCAGAAUAUGCUUGGAACAAAAGAAACAGUAAACGGGAUUAAAAUUUUUCGCCGAGUUAGCGAUAAUUGGCUUUCACACGAAACGCGUUAUUACUGUGAGAAGUGUGAAGCUCCCGCCAAAAAGGCUUCUUGAAAGACUAACAUUACUUAUCAUGGUUAAUGAGAACCUGUCAGUUUACUGAUCAAAUGUGGUGCUUUACGCUUGAUUAUGCAGGCCAACCAUUCCUUUACCAGGCGACAAGCUGUGCUUACAGGAAUGUCUGGAACCAAAUUGUGGACGACAGGCAAAGGUACGUUAUCCGGCUUGAAGGACCAUCAUGACUAUUUCUCCUCAGGUUCCUGGUCCAAAAGCCCCACCCUACGCGUGGAUCCUUCUUGGCUUUUGUCUUCUUGAGUAGGAAAAUAAAGGGAGGCUCUGCCUGAAUCCUGAAUCGCGUCAAGCCUUUGAAGUCGCCAAAGCUCGAACUCUGGUGUAAUCAAUCUUGUUCUCUGUCGUCAAACUGGUUAUCCGAGUGCGAGCAUCCGUUUAUUGACUAACCGAUGGUCAUCUCUAAGCCAGUUAUGCUAAGUGCACGGCUAUUAGGCCUAGAUUUAAAACAUUAUCCCGGCAAAAAGCAGCACAUGCUCAACAAAGAUCUUACAAGAUUCAUGCAGAGUCUUGCUCGAGCACGCCAAAAUCGAUCAAGUGAAAGAAAGGCUCUGCUAGCGAAGGGUAAAGUGGAAGAAGCUCUAAGGAAUUGUGUAGCACAUGAAACAAUGCAAAAAAUAAAAUGUAUGUUUAGUACGAGCUUCACUGUACAUAUCUCUGAGCUUGGUUAUCAUGUGAUGUAACGAUCGUACAUGCAGGGCAACAAGGCCCAGUGAUCAUGAGAAACCCAUAGCUUGUUGGUAAAGCGUCCAAGCUAGUCACCAAAAAGUCAUAUGUUGUAGAUUUUGAACUCGGAAAUAUAUUUCUCUGAGAAGCCUUCGUCACUGGUUACCAGUUCUUUCUCUGCACUGCAGUGGGGCGAUUUUUCACCUUAUUUUAUUGAUGUAUAUGAUAUUACUUCUGCUCAGUUUACCCUCUCUUUGCCCAAACGUUGUGAGCGAAGUGAAGGAGCCUUUUAUGAUGUCCUUGCAAAAAAAAGCACCUCCAAGACUUGGCUAAGCCUCGUUUUUUCCAACCCAUUUCUUGGUGUCUCGAUCUCGGAAGAAACUAGCCUGAGAGCAGGCUCUCCAUUUUGCGAAUUCGCGAGAAGUCACGCGAGAGACUCGCAGAUUAGAUUGUUCGCAGUCUAGUAUGAUCACCCCUCGUGUUUGAUAUAAAUGUUGUUGGUCAAUUUAUCCUUGGUUCAAAUUUUAUUUUCUUUCAUUCAAUAUCGUUAUUGUAUAUUACUACACCCCCAAAAACGCGGUUAUUGUACGAAAGAUUUCAACCGAAUUGUUUUUGUUUUUAGUUCACAAAGGUACAAACCCUUACUACCAACGCCAAUUCUAUGCUUCAAACUAAGAAAGCCCUGCUUCCAGUUCAAUACAUUGCCAGUGAUGGACAGGAGAAAGAAGAUAUUCUUUGGGUUACAGAGAUGGAAAGGUAAUAUUCUACACUAUACCAUAAUUCAAGUCGGUUGAUUGUAUGUUGUUUUGUUUUGUUUUGUUUUUUCGGUGCAGUUAUCCAUUCUCGGUAAGUUCUAUUGACUUAUACCACAAACGCCCCCAGUUUGGAGAUUCACAUUUUGAAACAUGUCGGCCAUUAUAACUGUCUGGUUGUUUGUUUUGUUCAACCUAAAAAUCCCAACUUCAACGCUGCCAAUUUUUCCGAAAAGGCGGGCAUUGUGGGAAGACUGGCCAGUCCAAAUGUUGGAAAAACUAUGUGGUUCGCUGUUCAUCUUUGCAGAUAUUGUUGUUAAACACCGUAUUCCAAGAAAAUGGUGGCAAAUUUAGUCUUUGUGUUGUCUUCAUGAUGACUGGCCGUCAAUGUCUCGUACCAGGGUAAAGGUUCUUUGAAUUCUGCAGGUGCAAUAAACUAUCAUCGAUAUAAGAGAAAAAUAAUAUUGUUCCCUUUUUGGAAUAAGGUGAACACUACUUGAUUUAUCGACAAACUGGGAAACAGAUUUUUUUUCAAAAGUUUUGAACAAAAUUGAAUGCAUGUUGAAGGCAUGGAAUUUCGGUCUGGUUGUUAAAAAAGGCAGUGUUACCAAUAUUCGGUGCUACUUGAAAUUAAGCAGAAGCGUCCGCAUCAACGUAUCGCAAUUCCAGCGUGCAAAGAAAGUAGUGUCCGAUAGCCCGGGGCUAGUAGAUUUUGCUAUCGAGCCAGUGAAUUUUUGCCCGACGGGCAGGUGAAGUUUUUGGGGGAAUUCAAAUAACAGAAUUAAUGCUUAUCAAACCUUUUUUUUUUCGCCCUAGUUGAAAUGACGGCUUUUUGGCUAGGACAUGCCAGCUACAGCUUGCCCGAAUGGCAAGCUGUAAAAAUGACUGUUUUUGCAGCUUGAAAUCUCCUUAUACUGUGGUAGUCUUUACACUAGGCCGUUACGUAAGACUUAAGAGCUGCUAAGUUUUACUUAACCAAAGAUACGUGUUUCACAUCUCAGUGAAGUUGACUUGAAAACCAUCCUUAAAACCGACUUUGCGAACUUGCGGUUUCUUGAGCUUUGAGAAAGGCGAAGCAUGUCAGACAAUCUUAUUUAUGCUGCGUGGGAAAAUAGGCUUCAGUUAACCUGAAGUAAAAAGGAUAGGUUGCGUGUGAAGCGUCCUUUUUCAUGAAGAAUUUAAAUUUGACUUGUCUUGAAAUAUUUCUUAGCUUAUUUAGGCUUUAGUGUAGAGACUACCACAGUGUUGUAUUGUCUUGCUAAGAGUUACAGUGUACAAUAGUGCGUCGAAACUGUUUUGCUGAAAAAAAAACUGCCGACGUUUUCAAGUUCAGUGUUAUUUAGGAAAAAACGCGUAAAACACGUUGACUGAUAUUCGUUCACACCUUGGAACCAAAUAAAUUUAUGCUUUACCCUUGUUGUUCAAGUCCAAUUCUGUGCAUCAACGGAGUGUACCUUUUCAAAUUAAAGACAGCAUAUUGUACUUGAAAAGGUGGGGAAGUCCCGUCUAUUGAUACUGAUUUUUACAACCCGCAAAAUUUAGAUCGCACAGGAAUUGGGACAAAAAUAACUGCUGUAUUUUAUUCUCAGGUUGUUUGGUUUGCCUUCUCAUUACACUGACGUCAGCAACAUGGGCCGGUCACAGAGACAGCGGUUGCUGGGGAAGUCAUGGAGUGUUCCUGUAAUAAGGCACCUUCUGUCGCCACUCAAGGAUUACUUCAAAUGUGAAUCUUGAUUUUAAUUUUCCAAUAGUGGUCAUCACCUUGAGUGAACCGACCGAAUUUUACAAUUUUUUUCCCAUGCAUUGCGAGAAUUGUGGCUUCUAUGACAAUAUAUAUCGUUUUCGACAGUUUUCUUACGUCUUGAGUAAUUUUAGGCCGUUCGUUUAGAUAGGGUAGACCCGUUGCUUCAAAGCUCAGGAAAUUGCAUAUGUUUGCGUGGCUUACAGGUUCCAAAACUCAGAGUUCGCUUUCAUCGGUCACUGUUUUAAAAUUUCAUUGAGAGAGUCAAAGAUUAAGUCUCCUUGUGCAAAACGUGAGAGUCACCUUGUAAAGCACAAACAAGACACAUAAAAAGCCCUCUUUUUUUAUUUUCCCAUAGUAGAAGUUAUCCAUAGAUUCAAGUGUAAGAACUUCCCUGUGACACAGUAGGUUUUCUUCCCCAGAGUCAAAAGUAAUAGCGACCUAGCGAUGAACAAUAAAUAGUACCACAGGGCAAUUCUCGCUGCCUCACAGUUGGGCGCCUUGGUGUUAGGUCGGUGUUGCGUCAAAUUGCAUCUGGACCGUUUGGGGGGUCGAUUCUUGGCCCGCCUUUGCUCCUGUGAGGGGGACAUUUUGCUUCUUUUACAAGCCGAGCUGUAAUGAGAAUCCUCGCGAGCUUGGGUCAACUUUUGUUCCCCAAGUGCCUUGAUGUAAUUCGACACAACGACCCGAGCGUUACCUAAAGAUAAAUUGGUCAAUACUUAAAGAUGAAACAGUGUAUUCAGCCAAGUGACCAGUAAGUUAUCUUUCGUCUACAGUGUUCUUAUUGAGUUACUUCCUAGUUUUCUUCCCUUUUUUCGGCACUUCUUUUCCUGCUUUGUAUUUUGUGGCUGUUGUAUUAUGAUAAUUUUGUUUUGUUUCGUAAAUAGCACCAGACAUGCGUGGAAAAUCGAAUAAAGACC